AUGACAAGAAAACAACACAUAGAAGCAUUAGAUAAAAUGCUACGAGAUAUCAAUGAUUCGGAUGUAACAUUCAGUGGAAAGGUUGUUGUUUUCGGCGGAGAUUUUCGACAGGUUUUACUCGUGGUUCGUAAAGGAACGAAACAAGAACAUGUCAAUUCCAGUUUGGUUUAUUUCUAUUUGUGGCCUACACUGACCAAGUUCCUUUUAACUGAAAAUAUGGGAGCAAGAUUGGAUCCAGUUUUUUCAGAUUAUGUGUUAGAAGUAGGCAACGGAAUGCCACCGAACAUAAUUGAUGAAACCAUAAAAAUUCUGAAUGGGAUGCUUGUUCCCAAUGAUGAUGACAACACUUAUUUAGAUCAUUUAAUAGAAGAUGUUUUUCACAAUAUUCAAGAAUAUUCAGCAAAUAUUUCAACUAUGAGGAAUCGGGCCAUAUUAACAUCAAAGAACGGUUCUGUUGAUGAAAUAAAUGCAUUGUUAAUUCAUAGGUUCCCAGGUGAAGUUCAGCGAUAUUACAGUUUUGAUGAGACAAUAGAUGCAUCUGAACAAUCAAUUAUGGAAGAUUUCUUAAAUACUCUAACUCCGAAUGGACUUCCACCUCAUGGAUUAUUACUCAAGAAAAACUGUCUCAUCAUGUUGCUUAGAAACAUUAAUCCUUCAGAAGGGCUAUGCAAUGGAACCCGUUUAAUUUGUCGAGCUUUCGAUCGAAAUAUCAUAGAUGGAGAAAUUGCAGUUGGACACCAUAUCGGAAAAAAGGGUGUCCAUUCCAAGGAUACCAUUCUUACCAAAUGUUGA